CAUCAAUUGAACCAAACACAUACAACGUCUAGAACCCUACUACAGCCGGCAUCAAACUUCCUUCAACCGUUUGCUUACCCCCUCUUCAGUCCUUGUAAACCGUCGCGCUACACGUCGCGACGCGUCUAACGCGUCCGAACGCGAACUUCACCUUUGUAUUCGCACCAAAUGGCCGCCCAUCCCGACGCAGGUCAGGCCGCAGCUCAGUAUGAGUACAUGAAAAUGCAGUUUGCGACCAGCCUAGGACAUGUCGCACAGCAGUUGCGUGAUUGUGCUGCCUACGCCGACCAGCUCUCGGGGUCCGUGUCUGGAGUGCCGUACAACCCGGCUGCCAUGCCCCUCAUGCAGUUCCCGGUCCCGCCUGGGGGCCUCGCAGCAGUGGCUUCGCCCGCUACGGGGAAACGCAAGACGCGCGAGGUCGAAGGCAAGAAAACGAGGAAGAAAAAAGAUCCUUUGGCACCGAAGCGUCCCCCGUCCUCCUACCUGCUGUUCCAGAAUGAGGUGCGCUCGGAGCUGAAGAAGACGCACCCGGGCAUGCCGAACAAUGAACUGCUGGGCAUGAUAGCGAAGCAAUGGUCCGAGAUGUCGCAGGAGGACAAGGAGAAAUAUGAGACCCUGCAGAAAGCUGCAAAGGAUCGGUACUUGGACGAGAAGAGCGCCUACCAGGCGGGGGGAUCUCCGGCGACCGUUGUGGCACCUGUGGCACCGCCUGUGGUGGUAGCCGCUCCGAUCGCUGUGAAGGCAGUUGCUCCCACUCCGGUCGUCGCAACCACUUCGGACGACGACACGUCUGAGGACGAGGAGGAAGGGUCGUCUUCAGACGACACUUCCGACGGAAGCUCGAGUCCUCCCCCCAAGAAGCAGAAGGGAGAGCAGAUUUCGAAGGAAAAGAAGAAAAAGAAACCGUCGAAGGCCUGAGUGCCAACUGGUGUGGAACAGCGAGCCUGCAGGAGAAUGGGUGUCUUUGGCUUUUUGUGUAAGUACAUACCUGUAUCUUCUAAUGUGCUUGGCCAGAUCGGCAUAAUCGCUUUGUCCAUAAUCAUUCGUAAUUCUUGUAGCAGCGGUUGCCCCAAACGACGAAUCUGUGCUUGGACCUCGUGUUAAAUAAUGGUUGAAGUAGUGCCAAAGCUUUGCGGUAACGAAGGGUUGUGGUGUGCGCAAUCGCUAGCCUACGGUCGAGGGGUGGCACGGUGGAGGGACGCUUGUAAGCCAGGUGAAAGCCGACAUUCGAGA